AUGGAUAUCGUUUUGAACGUCAACAAUGCCAACGAUUUUACGGAUACUUUCUACAUUAUGCUCGCCAUGAUUAUUUCCUGUUGUAAAAUGGUCGGUCUUUUGAUAAAUCGCAACAAUAUAGGGAUAUUAACCAAUAUUCUUACUCAGAAACCGUUUAUCCCAUUAGAGGCUGACGAAAUAGAAAUCCGCCAAAAAUUCGACAAAACAAUACAAACGAAUACAUUAUGGUACACAAUUUUAGUCGAGACAACAUGUGCAUGCGUCAUGUUGACAUCAUUAUUCACCGAUUUUCGAAAAGGUAAUUUAACGUACAGAGAGUGGACACCGUAUAACUACACAUCCGAGGUGAUAUUCUAUAUCAUAUAUGCUCGUCAAUUAAUAAGCUCGACUAUUGGCUCUAUGGUGAAUGUUGCGUGCGACAGUCUGAUUUGUGGUUUAUUAUUACACGUAUGCUGUCAGCUCGAAAUACUGGAGUGUCGGUUGAAAAAGAACUUCCUCGGCCAAAACAAUUUGCGCGAAUGUGUACGUCAGCACGAUUGUAUAUUUAAAUUUGCAUUAAUGGUGAAUGAAAAAUUCAAGAUAAUUAUCGCUAUUCAAUUUAUUGUGAGCACACUGGUGGUAUGUUCCAAUUUGUAUCAAUUAGCAAAGAUGACAUUGAUUGCGCAAUGCUUUCCAUUGAUAUUAUACACAUGCUCCAUGCUCACACAAAUUCUCAUUUAUUGUUGGUAUGGAAACGAAGUAAAACUAAAGAGUGUUCAACUCAUCGUUAAUAUCUUUGGAAUGAGAUGGUUAACAAUGAAGCAAAACAGAAAACAGAGUUUAUUAAUAAUUAUGAAUCGAUCGUUAAUACCUAUUGAAUUUUCUAGCGCGUACAUUCUUACGAUGAAUCUUAAUUCUUUCGUGAGCUUACUUAAAACGUCAUACUCGGCUUAUAAUAUAUUACAACAAAUAUAA